AUGAAUCGCAGGGAGUACGCCCGCCGAGGGGCCACGGUGUACGCCACUGCGCGCCGAUUGGAGGCCAUGCGUGGGUUGCAGGAGCAGGGAGUGACUGUAUUGAAGCUGGAUGUGACAAACGCGGAAGAUAUUCAGCAUGCAGUUGAGACAGUCAUGAAGGAGGCUGGGCGAAUAGACGUGCUCGUCAACAAUGCUGCUGUCUUCGCCACACGCCCCCUGGCGGACACGCCGCUCUCCGAUUGGCGCGUGCUGUUCGAGACGAACCUGCUCGGCGUCGUUGCGAUGGCCCAGGCUGUGUUCCCGCACAUGGCCAAGAGGAAGCAGGGACUCGUUAUAAACGUCUCCAGCUGCGCAGGUUUCUGCCACCUCCCCAUGGCAGCAGCCUAUUCAGCGUCCAAGGCGGCGUUGAAUGCGGUGACCAACUGCAUGCGCAUGGAUAUGAAGCUGUUUUCUCGCCCCCCUCCCCGCCCCUCCCACAUGCUCCAUCUCAGGCCCAUGGCAGCAGCCUAUUCGGCGUCCAAGGCGGCGUUGAAUGCGGUGACCAACUGCAUGCGCAUGGAGAUGAAGCCCUUCGGAGUGCGAGUCAUGCUGGCAGUUCCUGGAUUCAUCAACACCAACAUACACAGGUGA